UCACAGAAGCCGACUCGUACAGGGGCCACCAAACCAGAAACCCAACACCACCCCGCCUUCCUGGUCACCGGCGAGAUGGCCUCGUCGGCGGCGUACCACGAGACGGACGAGAAUCUGGAGGCCCUCAUCAGCCGUAUCGAGCAGAAGUCCCGCAAGAUCGAGACUCUCCUCAAGCAGUCGAAGCCGGUGGAGGCCCUGAAGACGGCGCUCGAGGGCUCGCCCCUCAAGACCCGCGAUGAGCGAUGCAAGUCGGCGAACUGGAUCGUGGUGCACCGCGCCAUGAUGGCGAUCAGGGACAUCGACGGCAUGUUCAACUCGCUGGAUCCCGAGUACUACGACAUCCUCAUGAAGUACCUGUACAGAGGUUUGUCCACGGGUGACAGGCCAACUUGUGACCAAUGCCUCAAAAUUCAUGAAAAACUGACGGAGAAAGCAGGCUUAGGAUGCAUACUGAGGUCACUUGCUGAUACUGUAAACACUGUGUGAGCUUCAUCUUCAUGAAGGGUGUAUGCGAAAAGGUUAUGUCAUAUGCUGUGAAAAUCUUGUCAGGGCGAGUUUAGUUUGUCUGGAAAGUGGUUAUGCAGGUAAUUGUUGUUGACGCCUUCUCGGCGCUUUCUGCCAGCUUGGUAUAUUGUUGCAUUGUGCCUUACUAGUGGCGGAAGUGCUGUUGUAGUUUUAUCCGCCGUACCGUGGAUUAUGACAAACCAUUGUUUUUUCUGGUACUCCGGUUAAAUUCCAAACAGAUUCCGAUGUCAGAAUUGCCUGGGAAGUUUUGAUCA